AUGCACUCAAACCCAGUCGUGGGUCAAACUUUCUUUUCCGUCGAGUCAACGAAAUAGAAUGAAACAAGAGACGACGACGCUAGCACGCAUUCAACGAAACAGUCUCUUGAGGGAGAGAGUUUUCACACCAAAAACACUAUUGUUUUGCGGAAAAAAAACAGUCCAAAUGGGUUCUAAUUUUCCUCUACUCUUCAUCACGGUUUUGAUCUUAUUCUUUCCCGCCGGCGACUCUGACCGCGCCGCCGACAGAGCAGCCCUCCUCCUCUUCAGCUCCGCCGUCCGCGGCAACACCCUCCGGUGGAAACAAUCCGAUCCAAACCCAUGUUCAUGGUCAGGCGUGUACUGCGACAACGAUCGUGUCACCCGCCUCCGCCUCCCCGCCGACGGACUAGUCGGACAAAUACCCGAGGCAUCCAUCGGAAACCUGACCCAGCUCCGCAUCCUCAGCCUCCGCCGUAACUCUCUCUCUGGACCACUCCCUUCCGAUUUGGGUUCGUGUGCCGAGCUACGUCGUCUCUUCUUGCAGGAAAAUCAAUUCUCCGGCACUAUUCCGGCGACCCUGUUCGGUUUGAAUAACCUUGUUCGCUUCAACAUCGCCAGCAAUAAGUUUUCCGGCGAGAUAUCGUCCGAGUUCAACAACCUCACCAGGUUGAAAACUCUGUAUUUAGAGAACAACCAACUCACUGGGUCACUACCCGAGCUUCCACAGGUCACAGAAUUCAACGUUUCAUUUAAUAGAUUGAACGGUUCAAUUCCAUCGAGUCUACGAAAAUUUGAUUCUUCUGCGUUUUUGAAUAAUUCUCUUUGUGGGUCGCCACUUACCUCUUGUCCUGGUAAUGGAAACAAACUUUCCGGUGGAGCAAUUGCCGGAAUUGUGGUCGGGUCGGUGACAGGUUCACUGUUGAUUUGUGUAGCUCUGUUCAUUUUGUGGAGAAGAUAUAUUGGUAAAAAAACUCAACGGCGGGUUAAAACGUUGCCGUCGCCAAAACCAGUUGUAAGGAGAGAGCUAAGUAGUAGGCCGGAGGCGGAGACUGCGGUGGCUGAAGCUGCAAAUAACAAUGGCGGUGGUGGGAAUGAUGGGUUGGUGUUUUUUGGGGACGGGGAUCGGAAUUUCAGUUUGGAGGAGUUGUUGAGGGCUUCUGCUGAGGUGUUGGGGAAGGGGACAUUUGGGAGUACUUACAGAGCAUAUUUGGCGGGUGGGAAUCAGGUGAUUGUGAAGAGAUUGAAGAAAGUUUGUGUUUAUGAGAUAGAAUUCAAAGAGAAGGUUGAGGAGCUUGGUGUGUUGGCUCAUGAGAAUUUGGUGCCUUUAAGAGCAUAUUAUUAUGGGAGGGAGGAAAAGCUUCUUGCCUUUGAUUGCAUGCCCAUGGGAAGUUUGGCUGCUCUUUUACAUGGGAACAGAGGCGCAGACAGGGCACCAUUGACAUGGGAAGUUAGGAGUAGCAUUGCUUUGGGAGCUGCCUGUGGCAUCAAGUAUCUGCACGCAUUAGGCUCUAAUGUUUCUCAUGGUAACAUCAAAUCAUCCAACAUUCUCCUCACUGACUACUACGACGCAUGUGUUUCCGAGUACUGCAUAAACCAACUCGUUUCCUCCAAUUCCAAUGUCAUUCUGAAUGGCUAUUGUGCACCAGAAGUAACGGAUUCGCGCAGAAUUUCUCAGAAAGCUGAUGUUUACAGCUUCGGUGUCCUGCUUUUGGAACUGCUUACAGGUAAGACCCCAACUCAUGCCUCCUCGGAUGAGGAAGGACUUGACCUGCCUGGAUGGGUGCAGUCAGUGGUCCAACAGAAGUGGACUAUUGAUGUGUUAGAUCCUGAGCUGCUAAGGGACCACCAGAACAUUGAGGAGCAAAUGGUUCAGCUCUUGCAUCUUGCAAUUAACUGCACCUAUCGGUACCCUGAUCGACGCCCUCCCAUGGAGGAAGUGGCUCAACGGAUCAAGCAAAUUCGUGGAUUAAGAUAGGGGAAAGAGAAGGAACUGCAGUGAGUUCGGAUUGAAGAAGUAUUCGUGACCCUUGAUGAAUUAGUAUCUUAGUGCAUUGGUUAGUUAUAGUGAGUGUUCAGAGGCUCAUUUUCAUGUUUGUUAAUGCUUUUAGGAGGUGAGUGUAAUAAUUUACUGUUAUAUGAGCAAAUACAGAUCAUUAUAUUUCAUUUGUUUAUAAAUAAAAAGUAAAAUCCGAUUGAGCAUCA